UAUCUUCUCUGUCUGAGGAUUCGUGGCCUCCUGUUGUAAACACUCAGCCAUGAGAACUUGAGCCUCAAGCUGCAUUCCUUCUUAAAACCCCACCACCUCGACCCCGCUCCUGCGCUCUCCCAUCCUCCGAUCCGCCAUGGCGUCGGAGUGCGAGGUCACGCCGGACGACCAGCACGAGCACCUGCGCCCUGAGGGCACGGAGCCGCUGGAGCGCAUCGCCGUGGACUACACGCCGGACGCCUGCCACCACGCGCCGGCGUCCGGCGAGAUCCACGUCACCUACGACCACCGCGGCGGGGCGCGCUGGCGGUCGCGCGGCCGCUUCCUGCCGGGCUGCGCCGUGGCCGCCGCGGUCCGCGCCCCCGCCGGAGACACCGCGGGGCUCAACUACAACCUCUACCUGUCGUCGCUGGAGGGCUCCAGCGACAUGGACGAGAUCGACUUCGAGUUCCUCGGCAACGACAAGCGCGCCGUGCAGACCAACUUGUUCGUGGCGGGGGGCGGCGGCAGGGAGAUGGUCCACCAACUCCCCUUCGACUCCUCGGACGGGUUCCACCACUACGCCGUCGCGUGGAGCGCCGAGGCCGUGGAGUGGCGCGUCGACGGGGAGGUGAUCCGGCGGGAGGAGCGGCGCGAGGGGGAGCCGUGGCCGGAGAAGCCCAUGUACCUGUACGCCUCCUUGUGGGACGCGAGCGACGUCGACGAGGGGAGGUGGACCGGCACGUACCAUGGCCGCGACGCGCCCUACGUCUGCAGCUACAGAGACGUCAGGGUGCCCGUUGUGGGAGAGGAAGAAGAAUGUCAGGAUGAUGCGAACGCCGGAGAUGAGGCCGGUGCUGCGGGGGAGGAGGAGGUUGAUGCCGAAGCUGGUAAAGAUUAGAUGUCGGCGUUGUCCCGCCUCUGAUCGUGCCACCAGCCAUGUGGAAUUAGCUAUACUAUCUUGGUCAUGAGCGCUGCAAUAAAAGAUUCAUGAAUUAUUUGCCGUGGAGGAAAAACAAUGAAACACACACAGUUCAUUUGAA